AUGUACUAUUGCGCAUUUAGGGAUCGUUACAAUUAUUGCCGAGACGGCUAUAAUACUCCAGAAGCAUUAUUUUUACACACUAAGAUUCAUCACUUCAACUUGUCAAAUUACACUUGUGGCCAGAUUGGUUGCGAGAGAACGUUUCAACGAUUAGAUUCUUUUAAACGUCAUGUAAGAAACACUCAUUCUGAGCCGAAUCAGCCACCUAAUCCUUUACCCGAAAUUUGUGUAAGAUCGUCAGAUGUACAACAGCCUUUAAUGGAUGUUGACUCAUUGUCAGUUGAAGAUGUUAACUUACUUGAAGAAGACCCUUUAUUACCAGAAAAUGAGUCAAUUAAUGAUUUACCGGUUAUUCACGAUCGAUUUAAAAAAAUAACAUAUAAAUAUUUGUCACAAUUGUACCGUAAUAAAAGCCUGUCCCGCACAGCUAUUGAAAGUAUUAUUAAAAGUACCUCUGAGUUACUAUCUAUUGUUGGGACCAUGUUAGAUAAUUACGUAACUGCAACCGAUCAUACUCAUGAUAAUCUUCGAGAUAUUGUCUCUUUCUUAAAUAAUCCAUUUUUCGAAAACAAAACAGAGUACAAAAGGAUACAAUUCAUGACAAAAGCAGGAUUUUAUGUAGGUCCAAGAAAAAUAUUCAUUCGUCAAAGAAUUGAUGAUGUAACUAUCGACGGUACAAUUGUGAGAGUGCCAGUUCAAGUCACCAUAACGUUUGUGCCCUUACGGAUACUAUUCAAAACUAUUUUUAGUUCGCCGAGAAUUUUUCAAAUCGCACAUACGUAUAUGCAUCAGCAGGAUCAUAAUAAUAUAGUUAACGAUACAAUUCACACCACUUUUUGGAAAACUAAACAGCGUCAAUUCUUUUCGGAUAAAUUCGUAAUUCCUUUAUAUAUUUACUAUGAUGAAUUCGAGUGCAAUAAUCCACUUGGUUCUCAUACUGGAAUUCACAAAAUGGGUGCGGUUUAUAUAAGUCUUCGAUGUUUCCCAUUAGAAUUCCAAUCUCAAUUGAGUAGCAUUUUUUUAGCACUGCUUGCUCAUUACCAAGACAUUGUGUCCGAAGGAAACGUAAUUUUUCACAUCUUAGUUCAGGAACUAAUAUUUCUCGAAUCAGAAGGAAUCUCUGUUGAUCAAGGCAAUGGAAUAUCGCAAAAGAUUUACUUUUCAUUAGCUAUGAUACUCGGUGAUAAUGCUGGUUUGAAUUCUAUUCUUGGUUAUUCGAGUUGUUCGAGUAAUUUUUUCUGUCGUAUCUGCAAGGGGCAUAAGUGCGACUUACUAACAUGUAACGAAGAAAAUGAACAUUUGUUACGCACCCUAGAAAAUUAUAAUGACGAUCUUAUAGUUGGCGACUACAGAUUGACCGGGAUAAAAGAAAACUCGAUCUUCAACGAAAUUCCGUCAUUUCACGUUGUUAACAAUAAUGCCGUCGAUAUAAUGCACGAUUUACUCGAAGGAGUAUGUAAAUAUGACAUGACUCUUAUAAUAAACUAUUACACGACAGAUCGCGUGAUAUUUUUAGAGACCAUAAAUUCUUGUAUUCAGUCUUUUGAUUAUGGAUACGUUGAAUUCGGUAAUAAACCGCCAGUAAUAACUCAAGAUGCGUUGAGGAAGAAAAAUAUUAACAUUAAAGCCGCGGAAAUGAUGUACCUUGCACGAAAUUUUGGACUCAUGAUUGGGCAUCUUAUCCCCGAAGGCUAA